AUGGCAGAGGAGGAAAAGGCCUCACACACUGGUCUCAAGGGGGCCAAGGUUACUGAAAACAUUCAAGAAUUGAUGUCGUUUUCUGAUGCUAACAAGACCAUUGGAGGGUACCUUCAAGAUGACCAAACUCCAGAAAUCGUUCACUCAGAAAGGGCUAAACUACCAAGGUUUUCAUCCACUAUUCAACCAAAUAAUGAAGAAGACAGUUCAGAUACUGCUGAAAACUUGGAAGUAGUAGAAACCGACGAUGAUGACCAGACGAAGGCUGGAAAUGACGAUAAAAACGGAGUAAACGGGCCGAACAAGGAAUCAAGCAACCAAAUUGAAGUUAGUAGGAACAAGGAAACGGAUGCUGGUCACAAAAUCGAUGAGUAUGAAGAAGUACAAGGUGACGAUGACCAUGUCGAUGAUGAUGAUGAUGAUGAGGAUGAUGAUGACGACGAUUUCUUCUGUGGUGACUACAUGCUCUCCAGUAGAAGUGUAGAUAACAGUAUUUCUGACCGUCCUGUUAUCGUCCAAACAGAGCGAGGUAGCAGUUCGGUGCAUAACAGUCGAACGGGGGCGUCGAAACUACAAAAUGCUUCCUUUCAGACCAGUGAAAGAGAUGAAAUUGUGAUCAAUACAUCUGAAAGCGAUCAGUCCGGUAGCGAGAAAGAAACGGUAAUCAAAUCUAAGAAACGAGUCGCAAGCUCGAUUAAAGAUCAGGAUCUUGGCACGAAAUGGCUUUCGAAGAAGACUCGCAAUACAAAUGAUCACAAUGGCUUUCAAAAGGAAUCCACCAUCAGUAUGGCAAAAGGUUCAGAAGAAGAUGAAGACGAGCAAUUUUUCAAGGAACUAGCAAGAGAAGCUGGUCGAUCUGCAAGCACUGUCGAGAAAAGUCCUUCCCUACCAGUAAAUCAUAUAUUCAACAUCCGGUUUACCUCGCACUUGGAAGGAAGUAUGGACAAGACAGUGAAACUAAAAGUUAAUGGCUUCCACACUUUCACACAGAUUUUGCCAUUGGCAUUAAAUUUAUUAUUGAAAGAGCACAAUGUCAACAAGGAGCUGCGACAUCAUUACCAGAGUGAUAAAGUUUCAAUUUAUCGUGGCGGCGUUAAGAUUUUGGAUUUCAUGACGUGUAAUUCUCUGCAAGUUUCUACUGAUCCUGACAUUAAGUUCAUCGAAUAUUCGUUGACAUUAGUUCCGAAAGUGUCUGAAGAAGACUACAAGACGACGUUGGAAAAAAAAAACCAGAGUGAAACAUCACUAUUGGCAGAUGAUCCAACAGUAGAUGCCAACGACACCAGUUUUUUCAGUGGAGAUGACGAUGUAUACAACUCACAGAAUUCAGAGUCGAACCACAUAUACAUUUUGGAUGAUGAUCUUUCGCCUGAAGAUCAGGCCAGUACAACCCGGAUUGCACUGAUGGCUAAGAAUAAUGAGAAAACUCAUGUCAAUGUGCAUCAAGAUACAUCGGUGGCAACGUUGAGUAACCAUUUUCGGAGCGUUCAUAAUGUGCCGGCGGAGCGCCACAUAGACCUUUAUUUCGACAACGAGAAACUUGCUCCCUCUCAAUUGACUCGGGAACUAGACCUAGAAGAUGAAGAUAUAAUUGAGGUAAGGCUGAUAUAG